GCAAAGCCCAGCUGACCCCUGCUAGAAUCCCGCGCCCCGCCAGCAAACCCGGCCACCAAGCGGCAAGAUCAGCGGAAAGAGCGCAGCGCCAUGGAAAGCAAAGGCAAGGUAAAGAGGCCGAAGGCCUACAUGGUCAGACACAACCGGCGUCGCCGCCGGCGGAACCCCAUCCCCUUCCCAGAGCUGUUUGAUGGCGAUAUGGACAAGCUCCCGGAGUUCAUCGUGCAGACCGGCUCCUACAUGUUGGUGGACCAUAAGAUCUUCGACACCGACGAGCUCAAGGUGACGUUCCUCAUCACCCGGCUCAAGGGCCGGGCCCUGCAGUGGGUGAUCCCCUACAUCAAGAUAGAGAGCCCUCUGCUCAACGAUUACAUUGGCUUCCUGAAUGAGAUGAAGCGGGUGUUUGGGUGGGAGGAGGAUGAGGACUUCUAGGCCUCUGGCAACCCUGGCCUGGGGUUGGGGCGCCUGGAGGGUGGGCUGCUGCUGUGUUUGCCCUGUGGCUGCAGCCAGGGUUGCUGUGUGCGCCCCCGCUCUGCGCCUCCCUCCUGCUCUGAGAACUCCCCGACUUGAGAUCUCGCAUGCGUGCCCCUGUCUCCUCCUGUGUCCUACCUUUAUUCCAGGAAUAGCUCCCCAGGCUCCUGCUGCUCUGUCCCUGCCAGGUCUGGCUCUGGAGACCACAAGGCCUCCCACUGUUGACAGCUCAGCCCAACCCUGACAUAUUUGGACACUGUACUGGGCUCCAGCUGCAAGAUGGGCUCCUGUCACCUAAUGAACAAAUCACCUGCCACCUGAUGGACAGAUCACGAUGUCCACUGCCUCCUAUAUGAUGGACAGACUGUACCCACCUGCCUUCAAUGCCUGCACUGACUCUGCCAUUUCAAACCCCUUCACAAACCAUCUGUGGACUGACUGCUGCCCUUAACUGAUCUGGACUCACCUGGGAGGUACCUGGGCUUCCCACAGCCCAUGGACAUGGAUUCACCUUCAGCGGGACCCAUUCCCUCCCUGGUCCCAGAAACCUCUUGUCUCUCAUUUUGUCUUGUGGACCACUUGGUUUUCCUGAGAGGCCGGUUUUCUUUCUCAAUUUGCAGCUGUCUCUGUGAUGUGUGUGCCUUUGUUCAACACAGUAGCCCCUGGACUCUUUCCUUCUUGUCUGCUCUACCUGUACAGAAUCCUUUUCCUCACUUUGAAUAAAUAUCAGAUGCUAUUUCAAA